AUGGGCACCCACGCCCUCCAUGGUUGCCAAGGUUACCGAGUUUGUGGCAUCUCCAGAGAGUACUCACUUCUCCGGUACUCUGGCCCUGUUGAUUAUGAUGCCCUAUUGCAGAUAGAAUAUCUGGAAAUGGUGGUGAAUGAAACUCUCAGAUUAUUCCCAACAUAUAGCAGACUCGAGAGGAGCUGUGAGAAAGAUAUUGAAGUGAAUGGGGUAUUCAUCCCCAAAGGGACAUUAGUGAAAGUAUUGAUGGUCCUUCACCGAGACCCAAAAUACUGGACAGCGCCUGAGAAGUUCUGCCCUGAAAGGUUCAAGAAGAAUGAGGACAGCGUAGAGCCUUAUACAUACCUUCCAUUUGGAGCUGGACCCCGUAACUGCAUCGGCGUGAGGUUUGCUCUCAUGACAUUGAAAGCUGCUGUUGUCAGAGUCCUGCAGAACUUCUUCAAACCUUGCAAAGAAAUACAGAUCCCCAUGAAAUUAGGCCAUAGACUUCAUUAUGGACCAGAAAAACCCAUAGUUCUAAAGGCUUGUAUAAGAUGGAUCAUACAUGAAACCUAACAUUUCUUUGAGGCUGUGCUUUGUUCUUCAAGGAAGCUGUAUCCAGAAAAACAAAUACUUCCAUUCACUUUGUGACUAAAUCACAGAUGAGGAUAAGCUCAACGUACUUCACUUGAUGAAAGAUCGGAGAUUUGGUACAUUCACUGAGCUUGGUUGGUUGAGGUGUAGAGUGUUACUUAUUGUGUACUAUAAAAGAGUUGACUAAAUUUAUGCCACAUAUGUAGAAUGGCUUCUCUGAUUCUCAUAGGAUGAUUUGCAAUCAUGUUCAGUUAGCACCUUCAACAUAUACAGUGAAUAAAUAUUUCUCAACAAUUUUAACAAUCGUACUGAUAAUUAAAAUUAUUGUGAUGACUUUUAGUAGUGAUAUUUAUAUCAAAUGUUUAUGUGUAAUAUAGUAUUAUUCUGAGAAAAACAAUGGAACAGAAUAAAGCUCCAGAAGUUAAUUCAUACAUCUACAACUACAUCUUUAACAAACAGGCUGAAUGAAAAUCAAUCCAUGGAGAAAGAAUGGGAAGUCCAAGUACAGGAGGCACAUAGACCUCCUAAUAGACAUGAAAAGAUCCUCACCACAACACAUUGUAGUCAGACUUUCAACAGUAAAACAUAAAGAAAGGAUUACAAAUGUGCAUGAGAGAAAUGCCAAAUUACUUUCAGAGGAUCUCCAAUUAGACUUACAGCUGACCUCUUAUGAGAAACCCUACAGCCUAGGAGAGAAUGAAGAGACAUAGCACAACUCUUAAGAGAAAAAAAUUAGUGAACCCAGAAUACAGUACCAUACAAGGUUCACAUUUAUGAAUGAAGGUGAAAUAAAGACCUUCCAUAACAAACAAAUUGAAAAUAAUUUGCCACCACUCACCCAGCCUUACAAAAGCUGCUUAAUGAUGUGCUACACACAGAAACACAGAAAGAUAGUUGGUAAACUCAAAAGACUUCCAUAGCCUUGGCAACUCAUGACAAGAGCCUAGGGUGAUUACUGAUGCCAUAAACAAAAGUGUCAAUUUAUUAAGUCAACAACAGGAGUCACUGUGCACUUACUCCUCAUGUAGGAUCUCUGUCUUUAAUGUUCUGUACAUUGUGAUUUAAUGCUAUAACUAGUACUAAAACAGUAUUUUUCACUUUGUGUUUCUAUGUGGGUGCAAACUGUUGAAAUCUUUACUUAAUAUGGGCCGGCGCCGUGGCUCAAUAGGCUAAUCCUCCACCUUGCGGCGCCGGCACACCGGGUUCUAGUCCCGGUCGGGGCGCCGGAUUCUGUCCCGGUUGCCCCUCUUCCAGGCCAGCUCUCUGCUAUGGCCAGGGAGUGCAGUGGAGGAUGGCCCAGGUGCUUGGGCCCUGCACCCCAUGGGAGACCAGGAAAAGCACCUGGCUCCUGGCUCCUGCCAUCGGAUCAGCGCGGUGCGCCGGCUGCAGCGGCGGCCAUUGGAGGGUGAUCCAACGGCAAAGGAAGACCUUUCUCUCUCUGUCUCUCUCUCUCUCACUGUCCACUAUGCCUGUCAAAAAAAAAAAAAAAAGAAAUCUUUACUUAAUAUAUGCUAAACUGAUCUUCUGUAUAUAAAGAGAAUUGAAAAUGAAUCUUGAUGUGAAUGAAAGGGGAGAAGGAGCAGGAGA